CGAGCCGUGCACACGUCCUCCCAUGGAGCUCUUUGAGACCAACCCUUACUUUUUCCCGGAGCAGAGGUUUUACGAUGGGGAAAACUUCCUGGGCUCCCGCUUGCAGAGCUAUGAGGCAGCCGCAUUUCCCGAGCGGCCCGAAGUGGCUCUGUGCCCCGAAAGCAGAGGGGCUUUGGAGGAGAAGGACUCAAUGCUACCCGAGCACUGCCCUGGGCAAUGCUUACCGUGGGCUUGCAAAAUCUGCAAGCGUAAAACAGUGUCCAUCGACCGGCGUCGGGCGGCCACGCUGCGGGAGAAGCGGAGGCUGAAGAAGGUGAACGAAGCCUUCGAGGCGCUGAAGCGCAGCACUCUGCUCAACCCCAACCAGAGGCUGCCCAAGGUGGAGAUCCUGCGCAGCGCCAUCCAGUACAUCGAGCGCCUGCAGAGCCUGCUCAGCAGCCUCAACCAGCAGGAGCGCGAGCAGAGGGAGCUGCGCUACCGCCCUGCUGCACCACAACCUGCUGCACCCAGUGAGUGCGGCUCCGGCAGCUCGUCCUGCAGCCCCGAGUGGAGCACACAGCUGGAGUUCAGCACCAACCCUGCAGAUCACCUCCUGAGUGACGAUGCAGCGGAGGACCGCAACCUCCACUCGCUCUCCUCCAUCGUGGAGAGCAUCGCCGUGGAGGACGUGGCCGUGACGUUCCCAGAGGAGCGGGUCCAAAACUGAGCUGGCACAAAGCCCCGCAGCUCUCUGAGCUCGAAAUGGGGUGGGAUUGAGAUGCUGGAAGGAUCCAGCUGCUGGAAGUCAUAAUUACCCCUCCAACACUGUGGACAGCAGCGCUGAAACCGCCCGAAUCCUUUCCCACUCCUCUCCAAAAGCUCCCACCGGUGGAAAAAAGAAAAGGGGAGAAGUGUGAUGGCGGUGGCUGGCGGCGGCCCCGGGUCCCCCAGGCUGGGGGCUUUUCUUCCUUGGGGGCCAACAUUUGUGCCACAGCCAAUGUGGCUGUUUCCAAGUUGCUCUUCGACCAAGGUCUCUCUCCGGCGGGCUGCCUUCGCCGGCUUUCCUGCUGACCGCUGUGUGCAGUUG